CUGGUUGCUGGAAUUGUAGCGGUUGUGAUUGUUGCCGUGAUAGUGGGUGCGGCUGUUUUUUUCUUCAUAUUGCGCGAUGAUGAAUCGGGCGAAGGCGAUGUCAGUGCGGUGGCGUUGAGCGCCGCUCCCGUAGUGCGAGCGGACGCGGUGGUCGUGCCGAUACGGAGCGCCAGCCUGGGGAUGCCCAUGGGUGGCAUGGUCAGCGAUGUGCUUGUCAGGGAGAACGAUGCGGUAGAAGAGGGGCAACUGCUGGUUCGGAUUGAUGAUACGGAUGCGGCAUUUGCCAUUGAGAGGGCGGAGAAUACGGCAGCCAGCGCCCGCGCGGACCUGGAGACUCUUAAGAUUUCCAUAGAGAAGGAGCGCGAACUGGACGAUGAGGCGCGGCCCGGAAGGCUGGAGCAGGCGCGUUCGGCGCUUCAGUCGGCGCAGGAGCGUUACAUGCAUCUGAGCGGGGCGAAUCGCAGGGCUGGCGCCAGAGUAAGCGCUGAGGGCGCGUUGAUGGAGGCGAAGUACACCGAGGCGAUCGCAAGCGCGGAGAUGCGCGUAGAGCAGGCAGAAAUGGCGCUGCUAAAGGCGAUGGGCGUUGCCAGCACACGUGGCAUUGCGGAGACUCCGGAAAGCCGCGCCUUUGUUGCCGCCCGCGACGCUCGCAUUGCCAAGGCGCGCCUUGCGAUUGUGGAUCUGCAGAAUGUCCUGGAUGACGCCCGGGACUUCAACAAUAUUGAGCAGGAUGCGCAGGAUGCCAUAAUUGUGGCGACGGCUUUGCUUGCCAACGCAGAGAGAGACCUGGAGGUUACUGUUAUUGAGAUGGCGGAAUCCAACCGGGUGGCUCAGGACGCUUACCUCGACGCAGAGUUUCACUGGCGCUCGCUGCAUAACCACUACUUGGGGAUACAGCUGACUUCUGACGAGCUGCACAAGGACCCGAAGACCCUCUUCGAAGAAUGGGGAGUCGAUCUGGAGAGUGUGUUUGACCGAGAUAACCUGUCGUUCCCGAAUAAUGUGCUGGAAGACGAUCCCGCGACCAGAUGGAACGAGUUAAAGCUGUUUGCGAUGCUAGGGGCUCGGGCCUUACAGCGCUCAUAUGGUAACUUGCCAGGAUGUCAUCGUACCUCGCGGAAUGCGAUGCAUCGAAAGGGAGUAUGA